CUUCCACGGCUUUGCUCACCUGGAGAGUAAUUCUUGGCCAAAACCUGGCAGCAGAUAACCAUGGACCAGUACAACCUUGGGGAGGAGGGCGCCCUUCCAUCCAAGAGGCACCUCCCUUCCUUAUCCGAGAGCCAGGGGCUCCACUGCCGUGACACCCUCAGCCGGGACCUGGGGCCCAGCACACGAGACCUGCUGUACGCUGGCCUGAGCGGCUUGGACCUGGACCCCAGCCUCCCAAAGCCCGGUGUGCCCAGCGAGGCCCUGGAGGACCAUUUAGAUGCAGUGUCCCUGUACUCGGGGAAGGACGGCGACUCCGUGAAGGUGCUGGAGGAGUAUGCAGACCCGGAAUCUCAGGCUUCCUUACAAGACCUGGGGCUGGGCCCGCUCAAGGCGCCUAAAGACACUGAGGAAGGAGGCAGGGCGAGCUCGGGGAGUGCGAGGAAGGGGAAGCGGCAGCACAGCUCCCCCCAGAACCCGCUCCUGGACUGCAGCCUCUGCGGGAAGGUGUUCAGCAGCGCCAGCUCCCUGAGCAAGCACUACCUGACGCACAGCCAGGAGAGGAAGCACGUCUGCAAAAUCUGCAGCAAGGCCUUCAAGCGGCAGGACCACCUGACCGGGCACAUGCUCACCCACCAGAAGACCAAGCCCUUCGUGUGCAUCGAGCAGGGCUGCAGCAAGAGCUACUGCGACUACCGCUCGCUGCGCCGGCACUACGAGGUGCAGCACGGCCUGUGCAUCCUGAAGGAAGCGCCCGCGGAGGAGGAGGCCUGCGGGGACUCCCCCCACGCCCAGGAGGUGGCCGGCCUGCCCGCACCCAGCGACAGCAGCGAAGGGAGGAACACGGCCUGCCCCUGCCCACCCUCAUCCGGGUCCUCCUCCUGCACCCCAGCGAGCACCCCAGCAGCCCCAGGAGCCCUGGGCCCUGAGGUUCGCGAGGAGCCACGUCCCCCGCAGAAGGAGCCUGUCGCCGACGUGUUCACAGCCGCCCACUCAAGGGGGGGCACCUCCAGUUCCCAGCCAUCCAGCCACAACUUCCAGUGGCUCCGGAACCGGAACCUGCCCGGCUGCCCCAAGAGCAAAGGGAACAAUGUGUUUGUGGUCCACAAGGCCCCGGGGGUGCAGUCCCCGGAGGGCCCGGAACCCGCCCCCGGGCCCAACAGCGCCUCCCCCCGCAGGGAGCCCUCCCCCAGCUCGGGCCUCAGUCUGGAGGACGUGCUGCCCUUCGUGCCCUCGCUCCUGAAGGCGCCUGGGGAGGCCUCGGGUGACCCCAGACAUGCCAGCGGGGAAGAUGACAACUGGGCCUCCAGAAAGAGCCAGUGUGACUGCGACACGUUCCCGUGGCAGAACCCCAGGAUGCAGGUGUUCCAGAUGAUCACCAAGUCCCAGCGGCUCUUCUCCCACGCCCAGGUGGCAGCCGCGUCCUCCCAGCUGCCGGCCCCCGAGGGCAAGCAGGCCACCCUGAAGUCGGGGCCGUGGUCGCAGCAGCCCCUGCCACUGACGCCCAGUGCUGACUCUCUCCAUGCUUGCCCUGGGAACCCGGAGCCUGAGGGAUCCCCAGUCCAGAGGAGAAAAACCGCACCCGCUCUCCCCAGAGCAGCCUCUCCUGGCAGCACGAAAUGGGACUCGAAGGGAGGACCAAAGGUGACCACCGCCCCACCGUCCCUCACAGCAUCGUCUCUGGACCCUCCUGACAACCCAGACAUCUCUCUGGCCAAGCAGCUGAGAUCUGCAAAAGGGACUCUGGACCUGGGGGACGUGUUCUCCCCCGGCGGCCCACAGAGCCAGGCAGGGGGGGACCAGCCGCCUGGAGCCCCGGGCCCCGGGAAGCAGACCCAGGCUGAGAACGGUGCGGCAUCAGGAGCCACCAAAGGUGAAAAGGGCUCGGCCUGCACCCGGGGCGGAGGCUACAGGCUCUUCUCCGGCCACCCCAGGGCCCAGCGCUUCUCAGGCUUCCGGAAGGAGAAGGUGAAAAUGGACAUGUGCUGCGCCGCUUCUCCCAGCCAGGUGGCCAUGGCCUCCUUCUCCUCGGCUGGGCCUCCGGCGGACGCCCCCCGGGACUCCAAGUCCAAGCUGACCAUAUUCAACAGAAUCCAGGGUGGAAAUAUCUACCGGCUCCCCCACCUGAUGAAGGAGGAGAACAUGGCAGGUGGAUGCAGCCAGCAAAACGGGGGCCCAGCAGACUGGGCGGAGCCGAGGAGCACGUACGUCUGCAAGAACUGCAGCCAGAUGUUCUACACCGAGAAAGGGCUGGGCAGCCACAUGUGCUUUCACAGCGACCAGUGGCCGUCGCCGCGCGGGAAGCAGGAGCAGCAGGUGUUUGGCACCGAGUUCUGCAAGCCCACGAGACAGGUGCUGAGGCCAGAGGGGGACGGGCAGAGCCCCCCCAGAGCCAAGAAGUCCUUGGACGACACGGCCCCUUUGGAGCCCCCCAUGUCGGUGCCUGCGGCUCCCACACACCGAGUCCUGGGGAGCACGGCCAAGGGCCAAGAGAAGGACGUGGAAGAGAGAGACAGCAGGGAGAGCAGCCUGCACAGGAAGCGGAAGAAGCGCCCCCACCCCAAGGCACUGUUCAUCCCUCCGCCCCGCUCCACCUUCGGGGAGCCAGGCCCAGGAAGAUGCCACCAGAGCUGCCUGCGGUCCCCGGUGUUCCUGGUGGACCGCCUCCUGAAGGGGUUAUUCCAGUGCCCUCCCUCCACGCCACCCCCCAUGCUCAGCCCCAUCCGGGAGGGGUCUGGGCUGUAUUUCAACACGCUCUGCUCCACAUCGGCUCAGGCCAGUCCCGACAAGCUCAUCAGCACCACGCUGGAUCAAGUGGAUGUUUCUUUCGGCAUCUGUGUGGUAAAGGAUGACACCAAAAUCAGCAUAGAACCACACAUCAACAUAGGAAGCCGGUUUCAGGCUGAGAUCCCGGAGCUCCAGGACAGAUUGCUGGCCGGAAUCGAUGAGCAUUUAGCUUCUCUGGUCUGGAAGCCGUGGGGAGAUGUGAUGACCAACCUGGAAACGCAGGAUAGAGUGACCGAGCUCUGCAACGUGGCCUGCUCCAGCGUCAUGCCGGGAGGGGGCACCAACCUGGAGCUCGCCCUGCACUGCCUGCAUGACGCCCAGGGCAACGUUCAGGUUGCCCUGGAGACCCUCUUACUCAGAGGCCCCCAGAAGCCGCAGACUCACCCACUCACCGACUAUCGCUACACAGGUUCAGACAUCUGGACUCCCAUGGAGAAGAGGCUCUUUAAGAAGGCGUUCUGCGCCCACAAGAAGGACUUCUACCUGAUACACAAGACGAUCCAGACCAAGACCGUUGCCCAGUGUGUUGAGUAUUAUUACAUCUGGAAAAAAAUGAUCAAGUUUGACUGCGGCCGAGCCCCAGGGCUGGAAAAGAGGCUCAGGAGAGAGCCGGAUGAAGCAGACAGGACAGAGGCAAAGGUCACGUGCAGCCCUCGAGAGAGACCUAGCCACCGUCCAACCCCCGAGUUAAAGAUAAAGACCAAGAGCUACCGGAGGGAGUCCAUCCUCAACUCCAGCCCCCACACCGGCCCCAAGCGGACCCCAGAGCGGCCGGGCAGCGCGGAGGGCCCGAGCGUGUUUCCCUGCAGAGAGUGUGAGAGGGUGUUCGAUAAGAUUAAGAGUCGAAAUGCCCACAUGAAGCGGCACCGGCUUCAGGACCACGUGGAGCCCAUCGUCAGGGUGAAGUGGCCGGCGAAGCCCUUGCAGCUGAAGGAGGAGGAGGAGGACGAGGAGGAGAUGGGGGCUGACAUCGGGCCCCUGCAGUGGUGAUUGCGGGGCCAGGCAGUAGUGGGGAUGGGGGCCCCGGCCCUGCCAUACCUUCCUGCAGCCUCUCCAAGGCGUUUGGGGCAUCCUCUGCCUCCCCACACCCUCCCGUGGGCCCGCCCAGCUUGCAGACACGGUGGGCAUUUGACCAUGAGUAGCAGGAGGCGCACAGUCAUCGGACAGCUGCGAAGUCCCAGCCGGCUGGUGCCCGAGCUCCACUCCUUCAGGCUAAUAGUCUCUCCCCUUCCUUCAGUUCCACUCCGGGAGCAGGGAGGCUGGGGGAGGGAACACACUAGAUCUGGGUAGCUCUCAAGUGUUAGCCUCCGUUUGGGAUUUGGUCCCAUCGCUGGGUACGGCCAAGAUGUAGAGAAUCAGUGGGAAAACACCUUCAGAUGGCACCGUGUUGGGGCCCCUCCAGGGCUCUCUGCAUUCCAGAUUCAGCCCCUGGUCUUGCAAAGACUUGUACAUUGUUAGGUUUUUUGUACGUGUCGACGUGUAAAUCUUAUUAAAUUGGGUUC